GUAAUUUACCGGAUUUGCAGUCAGUCAGCUAUGAUGCGCGCUUACUUUGUUGUUUGCGUCUACAAAUUCAGUCCUGUCGUCCAACGGUGUCUCUAGGCUUAGAAGUUUGGAACCUCCCAAUAUGGCUUUAAUAAAAACUGCAACUUUCGGGCUAACUUGUUCUCCAUUCUCAUUGGACGGAUUUGUGCAGAGGAAAAGGAGGAAGGCGAGGCGAACCUCAAAGGCGCCAACGAUGAAGUUCGAAGGCGUAGACAAGGAGCUGCAGAAGAUUUUAGAUGCCAACAUGGAUGAUGUUGCUGCGAGGCGUCGUGCUCGUGAGGCAUUCAAGGAAAUUCAGCUUGGAAUAGAUCAUUGUUUGCUUAAGAUUCCAUAUGAUGGCUUGAAGAUGAAGGAGUCAUAUGAGGUGAACUCUAGAGGGUUGGAAAUUUUCUCUAAAAGUUGGCUUCCAGAGAUUUCUCCAUUAAAAGCUGUGGUUUGUUUCUGUCAUGGUUAUGGGGACACUUGCACAUUUUUUGUUGAAGGAAUAGCUAGAAAGUUGGCUUCAUCUGGCUAUGGAGUUUUUGCAAUGGAUUACCCUGGCUUUGGUCUAUCAGAAGGUCUUCAUGGAUAUAUUCCAAGCUUUGACAGGAUUGUUGAUGAUGUAAUAGAGCAUUUCUCCAAGGUCAAAGAAAACCCGGAGUACCAAAGCCUUCCAAGCUUCUUGUUUGGACAGUCUAUGGGUGGAGCAGUUGCUCUAAAGGUGCAUCUCAAACAACCUAAAGCAUGGAAUGGUGCCAUUCUUCUUGCACCAAUGUGCAAAAUUGCAGAGGAUAUGGUUCCACCUUGGUUAGUGAAGCAGAUUCUAAUUGGUGUAGCUAAAAUUCUUCCCAAAGAGAAGCUAGUACCACAAAAAGACAUGGCAGAGAUGGCAUUCAGAGACUUAAAUAAAAGAAAGCUGACAUCCUACAAUGUCAUUGCUUACAAGGAUAAGCCAAGGUUAGGAACUGCAGUAGAGUUGCUUAAAACAACCCAAGAGAUAGAAUACCGUUUGGGAGAAGUCUCUUUGCCACUAUUAAUCCUGCAUGGAGAAGCUGAUACAAUAACUGAUUCAUCAGUCAGUAAGGCUUUGUAUGACAAGGCAAGCAGUUCAGACAAGAAAUUAUGUCUUUACAAGGAUGCUUUCCAUGCUCUACUUGAAGGCGAACCAGAUGAUGCAAUAUUCCAAGUUUUUGAUGAUAUUAUAUCCUGGCUUGAUGAACGGAGCAUCAGAAAGAAUCCACAUUGAUCAGUGACACCUUGUUUGUAACCAAGUAAGCUUGGGUGGUUAUCAGAAGAGGCGUAUUUUAUUGUUAUAGAGAUUAGGGUAAUGACAGAUUAUGCUUAAAUUUCCAUUUUGAUCAAUCAGGAUUAUAUUCUUUUGAGUAAUUAAUUUAAUAUACAAAUGGAUUUUUUUAAUUA